CAAAUCUUAUCCAGACUUUAGUUUUGGCUGGCUAUAAAUAACCAUAAUCUUUUUUACUGUCAAGCUAUAAAAAAUCUUCCUCAUUUCUCAUUAGUUAUACAAACUAUCUUGACCUUAAUAUCGAUCAUCAUGAAAUCGGACACUAUUUCAUCGUCAUUUUCCCCUUGUACUUCACCCAAUGCCAAUCCCCUGUCUCCCAAAUCUGCUUUUUCUAGAUUGCGUCGCAAAUUAUCUUCAAGAAGAUCUCACAAGCCCUCUCUUUCUCCUUCUUCUUCAACUAACAGUAAUAGCUGCACCGAGCUUCAACGGGUGUUCAAUUACUUCGACGAGAACGGAGACGGAAAGAUAUCUCCGGCUGAGUUGCAGAGCUGCGUCAGGACUCUGGGAGGGGACCUUUCUAUAGAGGACGCGGUGGCUGCAAUCAGCUCUUGUGAUACGGACGGAGAUGGGCUAUUGGGAUUCGAGGAUUUCCAGAAACUAAUGGACUGCAAUUCUUCUGAGGAGGACAAGAAGGAAGAGCUGAGACAGGCUUUUGGGAUUUACGAGACUGAGCCUGGCUCUGGAUUCAUUUCCCCGACCAGUUUGAAGAGAAUCCUGAGUCGACUGGGUGAGUCAAGGUCCCUUGACGACUGCAAGGCCAUGAUUCGUACUUUUGACCUCAACGGAGAUGGCGUCCUUAACUUCAACGAGUUCUCUGUCAUGAUGCGCUGAUUCCCCGUGUAUAUAUGUAUUUUUAUAAAUUCAUUUCAAUUCAUUUCAUCUGUACAGUUACAUUAAUAUUAUAGUUGACACAUCAUUAUGAAAUGCAAGAUUCCUUUAUUUCCAACCA